CCCUAAACUUGGCUGAAAGGGAGAGAGAAGAGUAAUAUCCUCUGAGUGGUGAAGAGCCUGAGCGAAGGAUCCAAGAAGAAGAUAAGGAUUAAACUGCAGUGUUGUGCGUCUUCAUUUAUGGGUUACAAGUUUGUAAAAGGAGACGGAGAAGAAAAAAAACUGGAAAGUUGGAGGUUGGUGUGGUUAGGCAGUUUAUUUUGGGAUUUGGGAUUCCUGUUUCCUUCUUUCAUGUGUUGGAGGGAAAAAUUGGAUUAAACGAGUGAGCCAAAAUGCUCACUCUUCUGGAACUAUUUUGAACUUUUUACCCUUUGGCCUCUUUGUCCACACAGACUGUAUUAGUCUGCAGCUUGUCAACUGAGAAGAAACGUCAGCUGAAGAACAAGCCAAAGGGAAUUCGACAUUUUUAAGGAUCUCAUUCCCUGAAUCAUGACCUCUGGACCUUUUCAAGCCCUCCUGCUGUUCAGCAUCCUCCACUGCUCUAAGCAGAUCUGCCCUUCUUUCUGCCUCUGUAUAUCUGACACAGUGAGCUGUAGCUCGGUUGGUCUGGCUAAUCUACCCCAGUCCCUGCCCUCUUUUCCCACCAACCUUGACCUCAGCCACAACCACCUGUCCAGCCUGGGUCCGAGCACCUUUACCAUGAUGCCUAGGCUGGAAAAGCUCUGGAUGGCCCACAAUGAAAUCCGUACUCUGAGCCAUAAUGUGUUUAGCAAUGUCUCUGGCCUUAGACUGCUGGACCUGUCCUCUAACAAGCUUCACAUGGUGGAGCAGCACUACUUCCAUGGGCUGUGGAGGCUUGAAGAGCUCCGUCUUUUCAACAACAAGAUCGCACAAGUGGAGGUUGGAUCACUGAGCGGUCUAAGCAGCUUGAAAAAGAUCUACUUGAGUUUCAACCAGAUUACACACUUCCCAUUCUUCUCCAUCCAGGAACACUUUCAGCCUUUCUUGGCUAUGCUGGACCUGUCCUCCAACUGGAUGUCAAGUCUGCCCUGGGAGGAUGUGAAAGCUUUGCCCAGGCUGGUGCAGCGGGGGCUGUACAUUCACAACAACUCUCUCAUCUGCGACUGCUCCAUGUAUGCCGUGUUUUGGCACUGGAAUCUGAGAGACUACAACUCGGUCAAAGACUUUACGGAUGAGCACACCUGCAAUGUUUAUGGGGACCCUCGAAGAUCCAUCCGGUUCUUCCGUAACAAUCAGUUCUUCCAGAACUGCACUGUGGAAAAACCUGUCAUGCAGCCUGUGACGGUUCUCCUCUCCGACGUGGUGGCCUUUGAGGGUGACAGAGUACGUCUGGACUGCCAAACGUCCCUCAGCACCACAGAUCUCUCAUUCUCAUGGCUCUCGUCAAGCAGGGGCCUUAUCACUCAGACAAGCAUGAAUGACACACUUAGCAUGUUUUCCAACGGCACCUUGGAGAUCCAAGGAACCAUGGUCAAUGACUCGGGUGUGUAUCUUUGUACUGCUGUGGAUGUCAAACAGGGGCUGAAUGCAACACGCAAGGUGAAUGUGACUGUGCUGUUGCCUGCAGCAGAGCCAUUCAACACUGGUUACACAACACUGCUAGGCUGCAUGGUGACUUUGGUCAUCAUCCUCACGUACCUCUUCCUGACUCCAUGCCGCUGCAGCUACUGCAAACAGCCUCCAGCACCCUACAACCAAGGCACCUUGUUGUGCGUUUUCUGGCCCUUUACAAGACAACAUACCUAACCUGAUGCUCUGAAGCAUGUUGCCUUCAUGGAAUAUCCAGUGGGUGAAGAAAGGACAGAAUGAAUGCCUCAAAGCUUAUGAUAGACAAUGCUUUUGGUUCUUUUGUCAGUAGAAAACAGAUUUGAUUGAACUUCUUACCAAGAAGAGUUGAGAUGUCAUUUAAGUGUAAAUGCUGCAAGUAAAAAAAAGUUCCAUCUCUUUUACAACUACCAGAAGAAAAAAAAAAUCAAUGUUCUGUUCCAAUUCUUUUUUGUCUCAUGACCAGGUAGUCGAUAUAAAUGUUUCAACAGUGGUUUAUUAUCCUCACUGUGGAGCUUUUAUCAGUCUUACAAAUCAGCUAAUAACUUCUUUUUUGCACCCAGCCGCAGCUGUAGGAAGAGUAUUUCUUGUUAGAUCGGACUGAAUCUGAAUCACUUCUCACAUAAAGUGUUUAGAGUGACUUAAAACUCCUUCAAUAUGUUGCAGCUGAGUGAUUGUGUGGACUGCAGGGGGUAAGUUUGCUAAGAAUAACUCAGCUGGACUUUAACUAUGCAGCUCUGACUGGUUGUUGUAAAAUGUCUGGCAAAAGUAUAUAUACCCUUAAUUUUUGAUUAUAUUAUGUCACAUUAAAGCCACAAACUUCAUUGUAUUUCACUGAGAUUUUACAUGAUAGACCAACCCAAAGUGGUGCAUAGUGAAGUGGAAGGAAAACAGUACCUGGUUUUUAAUUUGCCAAUAAAAAUCCGGAGUGGAGUGCAUUUGUAUUCAGCCCCCUUUAACCUGACACCCAAAAUUUUAUUCCAGGGACUUCAGGACUUUGAGAACUUUGAUGAACAAACAGCAUCAUGAAGACCAAAAAACACAUCUCAAUGAUAAGAUCUUGAAGACAUUUAAAGCACAGAUUUGCAGUUUCCAACAUGGUAUGUCUAGGACACUGCACUUAAAUUUAAACUUUCUGGUCUACAUGCAAAAUGUCAGGUGAGGCAGAAAAUUACCCCACAGUGAAACAUGGCAUUGGCAACAUCAUGCUGCGGGGAUGCUUUUCUUCAGCAAGGUCUGAAUAAUACAUGGUCUUCAUGUUUUUUUACAAAUUAAAAAAAUGUGACUUGCUUUCAUAUUCAGUCCCUUUAUCUGAAAGCCCUAAAUAAAAUCUAGUUUGUUACUUUCAGAGGUCAUCCCAUGCAUCAGAGAUAAUGGGGAGAUAGAUAGAACUAAAUUAGAAACCCUGAAAGAAAACCUGUUAGUGACUAGAAAAGACUUGAGACUGAGACGGAGGUUCACCUUCUAGCUGGACUAAGACCCUAAACACAAAGAUAAAGUAACAAUUGAAUGUUUUAAAUAGAAACAUAUUCAUAAAUUGUAAUGGCCUAAACAAAGUCCAGGCCCAAAGGCAACUUCUGUGAGAAAACGUGAGCAUUAAUGCUUACAGAUGCUCACCAACCAAUCUGUUGCAGCUAGAGCUAUUUUGCAAAGAGAAAUUGGCAAAUAUUUCAGUCUUAAGUUACACAAAUCUUAUAGAGACACUUGCAGCACUCAGCCUUCACAGAACAGCUGUAAUCACACACAGGCCGACUGUAGUUAGGAGACUUUUGAAAGCAGUGGUGUGCAAUGAAUUUUAUUUAGAGGUCUCAGUGUAAAGAGGGCUAAAUAAAGACACAAACCACACUUUAUAGAUUCCUUCCACUUCAUAAUUAUGCACUAGAUAGUGUUGGUCUAUCACAUAAAAUUCCAAUAAAGUAAAUUAAAAUUAGCUGUAAUGUCAAAAAAGAAGAAAAAAAUCUAAAUAUGUAUAACUGUAUGCAGGUCUAUGGAUCACUCUGUCCUGAAAACUUUUCCAUUUCCCAAAUAAAGGACUCAGCCCUUGA